AUGUCAGUUCAAUUUUCAGAUAUCGACAAGCUAGCAGUCUCCACACUCAGGCUUUUGUCCGUGGACCAGGUCUCGAAGGCCAAUUCGGGGCACCCGGGGGCUCCCCUCGGAUUGGCACCCACGGCGCAUGUUCUGUUGAGACACAUGCACUUGAACCCAACCAACUUGGACUGGAUCAACAGGGACAGGUUCGUGUUGUCCAAUGGGCACGCGUGUGCGUUGCUGUACUCCAUGCUGCAUCUGUGCGGGUACGAUUUCUCGAUUGAGGACUUGAAACAGUUCAGGCAGAUCGACUCGAAGACCCCGGGCCACCCGGAGUUUGAGCUGCCCGGUGUGGAAUUGACCACUGGGCCGCUGGGCCAGGGGAUCUCCAACGCCGUGGGGAUCGCGAUUGCCCAGGAGAACUUUGCCGCCACGUACAACAAACCCGGGUACACUCUGUCGGACUCCUUCACUUACGUGCUUCUCGGGGAUGGAUGCCUGCAGGAGGGGGUCUCCUCUGAGGCGUGUUCUUUAGCGGGUCACUUGAAACUGGGGAAUCUGAUUGCCUUCUACGACGACAACCACAUUACAAUUGACGGUAGCACCAGCUUCUCCUUCGAUGAGGAUGUCUUGAAAAGGUACGAGGCCUAUGGUUGGGAGGUCAUGACAGUCGAGAAGGGGGAUGCAGAUUUGGAGUCCAUCAACAGAGCUCUCGAAUCGGCAAAGAAGAACAAGGACAAACCCACCAUUAUCAAGGUCACCACCACAAUUGGUUUCGGAUCGUUGAACCAGGGCACUGCCGGUGUUCACGGGGCCGCUCUGAAACCAGACGACGUCAAGCAGUUGAAGAAGAAGUUUGGGUUCAACCCAGACAAGUUCUUCACCGUCCCACAGGAGGUUUACGAUUUCUACAAGAAAUCUGUCGUGGAGCCAGGUGUUAAGGCAAACCAACAGUGGGACGAAUUGUUCCGCAAUUACAGGGAAAAGUUCCCUCAAUUGGGGAUGGAACUGGACAGGAGACUGCGUGGGGAAUUGCCAAAAAACUGGGAGCAGAAACUCCCCGUGUUCAAACCAACAGACUCUGCCGUGGCCACCAGAAAGAUCUCGGAGUUGGUCUUGGAGAACAUAUACCCGGUUCUUCCCGAAUUGAUCGGCGGGUCCGCGGAUUUGACACCUUCCAAUCUAACAAGAACCAAAACCGCAAUUGACUUCCAACCACCUUCGUCAGGACUGGGUGACUAUUCGGGGAGAUACAUCCGCUACGGUAUCAGAGAACAUGGGAUGGGCGCCAUCAUGAACGGUAUUUCUGCCUUUGGGGCCAACUACAAACCUUACGGGGGUACAUUCUUAAACUUUGUCUCCUACGCGGCUGGGGCAGUCAGAUUGGCCGCUCUUUCUGGACACACCGUUAUCUGGGUUGCCACUCACGACUCCAUCGGACUAGGUGAGGACGGCCCUACACACCAACCGAUUGAGACUCUUACCCACUUGAGGGCAAUCCCAAACCUUCACGUGUGGAGACCAGCAGACGGGAAUGAAACAAAUGCAGCGUACAAGGCUGCCAUUGAGGCAAAAGGGUCUCCAAGCAUCAUCGCCCUCUCGAGACAAAACUUGCCUCAACUGGAAGGUUCUUGUAAGGACAAGUCGACCAAGGGUGCGUAUGUCGUUCAAGAUGUUGAGAACCCAGACCUGAUCAUCGCGUCCACGGGCUCAGAGGUUCAUUUGUGUAUCGAGGCGGCUAAGAUCCUGGCCUCGAAACCAUCCCCAAUCAAAGUGCGUGUUGUCUCCAUGCCAGAUUUCAUGACGUUCGAUUGUCAGUCUGAAGAAUACAGAGUUUCCGUGCUCCCAGAUGGUAUCCCCAUAUUGUCUGUUGAGGUUGCUGCUACCUCCGGUUGGGGUAAGUACUCACACGAGCAUUUUGGUAUCGACAGGUUUGGGUGCUCAGGUAAAGGUCCGGACGUCUACAAGUUUUUCGAUUUUGUGCCAGAGGGAAUUGCCAAGAGAGCUGAAAAAGUCGCAGACUAUUACAAGGGUAAAACACUCUACUCUCCAAUCAAGAAGGCUUUGCCCUUCAAGAGUACUAAUGUUUGA